AUGGCAGGGACUCGGGCAGUUUUAUUACUUUUUCUCUUGUUGGGUUGUAAAGCGGACGACACGGACCCGGGGACUAGAGAGGACGAGUGGGACCCUGAUACCAUGCCGGGAACCAACUUUGAUUUUACCGUGCACAUCGCACCGCGGACUGAGGAGUGUUUUUAUCAGUACGCACGUGUGGGAGCUAGGAUGGCUAUACAGUACCACGUUAUCAACACCGGAAUAGGUGUGGCCAGUAAGGACAGGACCAUCACACUACGCGUGGUCGGGCCGAGGGGAAAACCUUUGAAAAGAGAAUUCCUCAAGGAAGAGGGGGAAGAUGAUUACGUCAUUGAAAAGGCUGGUGCGUACCAGAUCUGUCUGUCUAACGGCCACAGCCGGUACAUCAGUAAGAUGGUUUAUCUGUUCGUCAGCGUCUCCUACAAGGAAGAUUGGGACCAGUACAGCCAGGUCCUGGCAGAGAAUGUGGAGUCUAUGCAGUCCCUUGGCAACUUAACUCACACGAUGGCCAUGGUCCGUAACCGAGUUAACUACAUGCUGAGUUUCCAGAACUACAACCGGUGGCAUUUUGCUAAAGACUUCCGCAUGGCAAAAAUCAGCAACUUCUACGUGCAGUUCUGGUCUAUUCUGCAGUGUGUCGUUAUUAUCGGGUGCGCAUUCUUCCAAGUGUACUUCGUAAAAAAGCUGUUUAACGUCAAGACUCUGACGCCAACCAACAAGCCGAGAUGUUGA